CACCCGACAACAUCAAUAUAAACCAUAUAUUCAUAUUUUAAAGCUCUACUGAGUAUAAGUCAAUUAUAAGUCGUUCACAACAGCACAAUUUAAACCUCCUUGUUUAAGCCACUGAAUGAAAAUUUUGUAUAUAUAAUAUUGCCAUAAUAUUACGGUCUGGGACGAUAUUUACGGAUGGACACGUUUUUGUUACAGGAUAUUGCAGCAUGAAGAAGGAGCAAGUUGUCAACUGUCAGUUUUCGGUUUGGUAUCCGAUAUUCAAGAAACAUACGAUUAAAAGUCUGAUUCUCCCACUGCCUCAGAAUGUAAUAGACUACUUACUGGACGAUGGGACACUGGUAGUCUCAGGGAGUGACCACAACACAGAGCAGACACACACUAACAACAGGGACCCCGAGUCUGAAGAGGACAUUCAAUGGUCAGAUGACGAGACAACCACCACUGUCACUGCUCCCGAGUUCCCAGAAUUCACUUCCAAAGUGCUGGAGGCUAUAAAUUCUCUGGGUGGGCGAGUCUUUCCUAAACUCAAUUGGAGUGCUCCUCGGGAUGCCAACUGGAUUGCCCUGAACAGCUCACUGCAGUGUCACAACCUCAGUGAUAUAUUUCUGCUCUUCAAAAGCUCAGACUUCAUCACCCACGACCUCACGCAGCCAUUCCUUCAAUGCAGUGAUCAGGACUCCCCAGACCCAGUCAUAAGCUAUGAGCUGGUCUUGAGGAAAUGGAGUGAGCUGAUUCCUGGUGGAGAGUUUCGCUGCUUUGUGAAAGAAAAUAAACUGAUCGCUGUCUCCCAGAGGGACUACACUCAGUAUUACCAGCACAUCCUAAAGCAGGAGGAGCAGAUUUCUCACGCCAUACAGGAAUUCUUCAGCCAGCACAUCCAGUACAACUUCUUGGACGAAGACUUCGUGUUUGAUGUCUACAGAGACAGUCAGGGACGAGUGUGGCUGAUUGACGUGAACCCGUUCGGCGAGGUAACGGACUCGCUGCUGUUUAGCUGGGAGGAGCUAGUGUCCAGUGGCGAAAUCGCCCAACAGCAGGUCAGAGGGUCACGCGUGUUCUGUUCCACCGGGUUUAUCGGUCAUUGGACUGUAUCGGUGAGUCACGGUGUCUGUGCUGUGCGUGCGCAGGAAGGCCCGGCGUUCCGCUACACCACCAGCGAGGUGACGGUUCAGCCCAGCCCCUGUCUGAGUUACAGGAUCCCGCGGGACUUUGUCGACCUCUCCACUGGAGAGGACGCCUACAAACUCCUCGACUUCCUCAAACUGAAGAAAAGCCAGCAGGAGGAUUCUGAUGAGCAAGAAGUAGACGAGGAAGGGGAGAACGCUCCACAGUGACACGUUUGCUCACGAGCCUAAAGAAUAGCUGCUAGAGGCGAUGAUGCAAAUAACGAAUCAGCAUGAAGCGACUACGAGUGUUUGAAUGCGUCUUCGGUACAUGGUGUACCCUGGUGUUCCCCUAAUUGCUCUCUUGUGCUAGUCCAGUAGAACAUGUUGAAAUUAGUGAAUCACAUUAACGGUUCAGUCAGGAUUUAUUUUCUCGAACUCCGGCGCUGCUGAGCCUCGUCUCAUAAUAUCACUUUGGUGGAUGCUGUAAAGAAAAGCCUGCUUUUAUACAUUAUAACGUGUGUGUAUCUUGGUUGACGUCUUAAUUUCGUUGUGUCACAUACACUUUGUUGAGCUCUAGGUUUGUUUGUCUCUAUUUAACAUUAAAGUAGUUCAUCACCAA